AUGGCUCCCAGAAAUUUCACCCAGGUCACUGAGUUUAUUCUCACUGGCAUCUCAGUCACUCCACAGCUGCAGGUUCCCCUCUUCCUGAUCUUCCUGGUGAUCUAUGUGCUGACCGUGGCAGGGAAUCUGGGCAUCAUCACCCUCACCAGCCUUGAUUCUGGACUCCAAACCCCCAUGUACUUUUUCCUGAGGCAUUUGGCUAUCAUCAAUCUUGGCAACUCUUCGGUCAUUGGCCCUAAAAUGCUGACUGCUUUUGUAGUGAAGAAAAAUACUAUUUUAUACUAUGAAUGUGCCAUCCAACUGGGAGGUUUCUUAUUUUUCGUUGUGUCUGAGGUCAUCCUGCUCUCUGUGAUGGCCUAUGAUCGCUACGUGGCCAUCUGUAACCCCCUGAUGUACAUGGUGGUGAUAUCCCCACGGUUGUGCCGUCUGCUGGUAGCCCUCACAUACCUCUAUGGCUUUUCAACAGCUGUCGUGGUUUCCCCUUGUGUAUUCUCCAUGUCUUAUUGCUCUUCCAAUGUAAUCAAUGAUUUUUACUGUGAUAUUGCACCUCUUUUAGCAUUGUCCUGCUCUGAUAUUUAUGUACCAGAAACAGUAGUUUUUAUAUCUGCAACUACCAAUUUGUUUUUUUCCUUAGGUACAGUUCUAGUAUCUUAUUUCAACAUUGUUUUGUCCAUUCUAAGAAUACGCUCAUCUGAAGGAAGGAGAAAAGCCUUUUCUACUUGUGCUUCCCAUAUGAUGGCUGUCGCUGUUUUCUAUGGGACACUGCUAUUUAUCAAUUUGAAGCCUCGAAGAAGUCACUCAUUAGAUACUGACAGCAUCAGUUCUUUAUUUUAUACCAUGGUGAUCCCAAUGCUAAAUCCUAUGAUCUACAGUCUGAGGAAUAAGGAUGUGAAGGCUGCCUUAAAUAGAGUCAUGACAAAUCCACACUAUUUCUUUAAACCAAUGUAA